UUGGUUUUGGGGUAGUUAAGUUUAUCCAAUUUGAUGAUUGAAAUUAGAAUUGGGUCUUUGAAUCUCUUUUGGGUUUUGAGUUUCAUAAGGUUUAUGGCUUUCUGCUCUUCAAUUGCAUAGAACACAUUGGUUUUGCAUUCUUGUUAUCGAGUACUUCAUCGAUGCAUCGCUCUUUAUCCAAUUUGACAGUGGAAAGCUUGGGUUUCUGUGUCAUUGAGUUUCAGAACUUGCAUUUUUCUCUUUCAUUUUAAUGGAAACUAUCGAAUUUGGGUUUCUGGAAUUUGCUAUUUUGUUCAUUAUCUGGUAGGAAAAACAUGGAGCUAGGCUUUCACAUCUUGUUGUUCUAUUACGUUCUGCUUCAUGAUCUCCACUCUAGUUCAAAUUACUUGCAUUUGGGCCUUAGUGUCCUUUAAUUUCAGUAAUUUGCCUUUCCUGCUCUCUCACCUGAUGCAAAUGUGAUAAAGUUCCUUUGGGUGCUUUUGUUUCAAAAAAUUCCGCUCUUAUGAACUUUGAAAUGAAAUGCAAGUAGCUGGAAUUUUGAUUAUCUUGGUGCCCAUGAAUUUGGGAUAUUACUAUUAUGAACUUUAAUGUAGAAUACACAUAAUUGAGCUCUGUGUCCUGAUAAUUAAGCUGAAGCGCAUUCUGAUCUCACAUACUGGUUCAAAGCAUAUCACUCCUCUUUCACCAAUCUGGUUAUAGAUGAAAAACAUGGUUUUAGGCUCAGAUUUCUUUAUAGUAGUACAUUGUACUAUGUAUCCAACCUUUUGAUUUUUAUGGGUCUUUGAUUUGAUGGCUUCUUGAGGAAUUCAAUGGUCUCUAGAGUUUUUUAUUUGAUUGUUCUUUGAGAAAUUUGAGCGUCUUUUGGUUUUCGAUUUCCGGGUCCUGUAAAUGUGUAGAAGAGUUUCAAAGGCUUCACCAUUAAUUUGCUUCAGAAAUGGCUCUAGAAAACCUUGUAGGAGUUGUUUUGGGUACAAUAGCUUUUUCUGUGUUUUGGGUCCUUGCAGUUUUCCCUGUUGUUCCCUUUCUUCCUAUCGGUAGGACAGCUGGGUCCCUCUUAGGAGCCAUGCUAAUGGUUAUUUUUCAAGUUAUAACACCAGCUGAGGCGUAUUCAGCUAUUGAUCUCCCAAUCCUUGGUUUUCUUUUUGGAACCAUGGUACUUAGUGUAUAUCUUGAGAGGGCCGACAUGUUCAAAUGCUUGGGCAAAUUACUUUCUUGGAAGAGUAAAGGAGGUAGAGACCUUCUCCUUAGAAUUUGUCUGAUUUCUGCUAUAUUCAGUGCCUUGUUCACCAAUGACACCUGCUGUGUAGUUUUAACUGAAUUUGUAUUGAAGAUAGCUCGACAAAAUAAUCUACCCCCUCGACCAUUCCUCCUUGCAUUGGCCUCUAGUGCAAAUAUUGGGUCAUCAGCAACUCCCAUUGGGAACCCUCAAAACUUGGUCAUAGCGGUUCAGAGCAGCAUAUCUUUUGGUGAUUUCUUGAAAGGGAUAAUCCCUGCCAUGCUCAUUGGAACUGUUGUUAAUGGCCUCAUUCUUUCGGUUAUGUUUUGGAAGAUUUUAUCAAUCGAAAUGGAUGAGGAAGGUACGAUUUCAGAAGUUAUAACUGAGGAAGCAGUGAAGUAUCAUCGAUUUUCACCAGCCACCAUGUCACAUGUAACCUCUUCAACUUCUCAAGAUUUUGAUAGCAUGUUGGAGGGUCCCUCUGUUAAUAGUGAAUUGGUUAUUGCUGAAAGUUUGAGGGAUCGAAUGGGUGUCAGUGAUGCUGAGAUCAUGACGAGUAGAAUGAGUGCUAGUGAGACUGAUAAUAUAUGUGUAAUUUGGAGUGGAGUUGAGUCUGAAACUAUGGAACAAGUGGGGCAUAUUGGACAAGAAGAUGGGGUUCCUGCAAGAAAGUCUUCUAUGCCGUCUACUGUGAUGAAUAGCUUGAGAAAGUUGUGCUCAGAUCAUUCCACUUCUGAUGAGACAGAAGGUUUUCUUGAUAGAUGGGAGAAGGUUAUUCGGAUGGCUUGUGUUUAUCUUGUGACAAUUGGGAUGCUCGUGGCAUUGGUAAUGGGUAUUAACAUGUCAUGGACUGCCAUCAGUGCUGCUAUAGCCCUUGUGGUUCUUGAUUUCAAAGAUGCUCGACCUUGUCUUGAGAAGGUUUCCUAUUCCCUUUUGGUGUUCUUUUGUGGCAUGUUCAUCACUGUUAAUGGGUUUGACAAUACUGGAAUUCCUGGUGCUUUUUGGGAUGUCAUGGAGCCUCAUGCAAGGAUAGAUAGCAUUGGUGGGGUCGCAGUUCUUGCUGUAGUAAUUGUCGUGCUCUCUAACGUCACUUCGAAUGUUCCCACAGUUCUCCUCCUCGGCUCUCGUAUGGCUGCAUCGGCGGCCUCAAUCUCUGGAGGGAGCGAAACACGUGCAUGGCUCAUCCUGGCUUGGGUGAGCACGGUAGCGGGGAACCUCACAUUGUUCGGAUCUGCCGCCAACGUGAUCGUUUGCGAGCAAGCUAGGCGCUCUCAACUGUUUGGCUACAACCUCUCCUUUUGGUCCCACUUAAGAUUUGGGCUUCCCUCUACAAUUAUAGUUAUUGCUAUAGGGUUGCCUCUCAUAAGGGAAAAGAAGAUGGGGAAGCUGUUGGGGCGCGUACUGGUGCUUUGGAUCCCAUGCCAUGGCAAAUGCAUCAGCCGAGCAGUGCUGGUCCCUGAACCUGUCCCCUCUGGUGAUGGUGCGCUACUACAAAACAAAUCCCGCUCAUUCAGGAUAUGGGUGAUAAGGAUGAUAACCAAAACAGUGAGCAUUAUAAAAAAAAUCAUAGGAAUUUCAAGGGUAAAACUGAGUACUGAUAAUUCUGUUACAGGGUAUUCGAAGUGUCCAAUUCAAUGUCAUUUUUGCGGGCUAAGACAAAUGGAAUUGAUAUUCAUGUCAAGGCUCGAGUUAUUUAAUGGUUUAGGGAUGCGUUUUUGUUGCUAUGCCGGCAAUGUAGUUUAUGGCAUUUGGGGUUCAUUUAUUUACAGGUUUUGCGAGAGAAAGGAGGAUAGAGAUGGGAAAAUACUUUUCUAUGUAUGAGAGAGUGCAUGUGCAUGUGCACCAUGUACAAAAUCCUUGAUUUCUUCUCUAUAAAUUUAUAGGAUA